AAUGUGCACUCCGGAAUAUUUUUUUCAGUUGAGAACACCAAACGAAUGGCCGAGUUGUUUCUGCAUUACAUAUUUUCAAUAAAACGAAGUUAUUUUUAUCUAUUUUCGAUAUAACGCAAUUAUUCUGCAAUAAUUCAUGUCCGGAAACGCGGUGUUUAACCAUUAAGUGUUAUAAAGUUGGAACCAUGGUGCGUCGCGACGUCGUAACCGACUUCAGUUCAUUGCCUUAUGUAAAACUGGAAAUGGUGUUUCUUCCGUGAGUGACCGAAAUAUAUCGUGAUAUAUGUAUUCAUUGUGAUAAUUGUUGGUUUGUUUAGUGUUUGAAGUGUUACAAUGUCUAAUUCAACUGCUCAAGUGUUGAUGAAGAAGGGUAAAAGGGGGGCAGCGGCUUAUAUUGCCGCGGACUGCGCAAGCGGUUCCCCGCAGCACCUGGGCCCACUGCUGGACGUGCUCCUGAACCCCAACAAGGCUAUCGACGAGUGGGAGACGAUAGACUGGUGCCGGUGGCUGCUGGCCGGCGGACGGACGCCCGACGAGUUCGCCACAGUCGUGCGCAGCUACGACAAGCACGACAAAUGCGGUCUGGUGUGGAUACCGCGCGUGGUCGCGUACAGAUGUCGCACGUGCGGCAUAUCGCCGUGCAUGUCCAUCUGCCGCGAGUGCUUCCACCGCGGCGACCACUCCACGCACGACUUCAACAUGUUCCUGUCGCAGGCGGGCGGCGCUUGCGACUGCGGCGACAAGUCGGUCAUGAAAGAGGACGGCUUCUGCAGCAACCACGGCAACAAAUGUCCAAGACCGGGAACGGUGCCGGCGGACUUGAUGUGCGUCGCGGAGGCCAUGAUGCCGCGCCUCAUACUGCGACUGCUGCAACACUUCAGAGUCAACAGCAGCGGGAGCCAGACUAACUCGGACAGCUAUCGCAUAGCCGUGCAAGAGUGCGAGGGUUACGUGCAGAUGCUGAUGGAGUUCAACAACAUGGGCGACCUGAUGCGCACCGCCAUGACCAAGGCGCUCAUCAAUCCACAGAUGUACCGGAACCUGGUGGAGCCGCCGUUCCCCGACACGGAGUACGGCGCGUACAUGGCGGAGUCCAACCAGAUGUACGAGAGGGCGCUGGACAACUUCCCGGCGCCAGAGCCGCCUGACGAAUACCGACAUCUACCCGCGCUGGCGCCGCGGCUGCAGCACAACACGCUGCUCGACGAGUUCAUAUUCUGGACGUUCAAGUACGAAUUCCCGCAGAACGUGGUCUGCUUCCUGCUCAACAUGCUGCCCGACCAGGACUACAAGGAGCACCUGACGCGCACGUUCGUGAUGCACUACGCACGCAUCCCGCUGGUGCUGGAGGACGCCGCCGACCCCGACACGCUCUCCAACCGCGUCGUGCACAUGUCCGUGCAGCUGUUCUCCAACGAGGCGCUGGCGCUGCGCUGCGUGCAGCAGCUCCAUCUGCUGCACGUCAUGGUGCUCUCGCUGCGCAUGAUGAUGGGCAAGAUCCUCGUGCAGAACACGCUGCACGACCCCAAACACAACUUCCACUACGUGAUCGACUGCACCCGCCGCGUCAUGAAGGAGCACUGCUACUGGCCGCUCGUGUCGGACUUCAACAACGUGCUGUCGCACAAGAGCGUCGCGCUGCUGUUCCUGCAGGACGACGCGCUGGUGGACAUGUGGUUCGAGUUCCUGUCCAUGCUGCAGGGCAUGAACGUGAACGUGCGCGAGGUGGGCGGGCACAUCGAGUUCGAGCCGUCGUCGUACUACGCGGCGUUCUCGUGCGAGCUGGAGGCGGCGGCGUACCCGAUGUGGUCGGUGCUGUCGCACCUGACGGACGCGUCGCACGCGCCGCUGGCGCGCCGCAUCAUCGCGGCGGCGCUGGCCUACCUGCGCGACUGGCUGGACGCCGUGCACUACGCGGCGCCGCUGCCGGAGCGCGGCGCGGCGAUGCACGCGUCGUUCCACUUCCCGCUGCACCGGUACCUGGCGGCGUUCCUGUGCGCGGGCGCGCGGAGCAUGCGCGUGCGCGCGGCCGACGUGCUGCCGCCGCCCGACCAGCUGGCGCUGCUGGCGGCGCACCCGCUGCGCGUGCAGAGCCUGUUCUACGAGAUCCUGGCCGGCGUGUGGGUGCGCAACGGUCUGCAGAUCAAGGGCCAGGCGAUGACGUACAUCCAGGCCAACUUCUGCAACUCCAUGGUGGACAUGGACAUCUACUGGCUGCAGGUGUGCGCCGCGCAUCUGCCGCCGGAUCAGUUCAUGGACAUGUGCAUUGAUAUGUUCGGUGUCCGCGAGUGGCUUAGCAUGCUGCCGAUGUCACCGGUGCAGGCAGCCGAACAAGACGCUAUGGUGGAGGGGCUGCUCACGUUCCUCGCGAUCUUGGUCUCUUCUAGAACAAAUCUUGGCAACGACGAGCUGACGCAGUCCCGGCUGGAGGUGAGCACGCUGCUCGCGGCGGGGGACAAGACCCACUCGCAGCUGCUCGAGCUGAUGCCAGAGAGGUCUGGCAAUGCGCACACCAGGAACUUCGAGACUGUACUCAAGGAGUUAUCAACUUACCGUCCACCGCCUAAAGGUUCUGAGAAUUUGGAACAAGGUCUGUUCGUCCCGAAACCUAUCGUGUGGGAACAGUACUACGAUCCGCUGCACGUACUGCGUCGCGCCGUGCACAGACGAGACUUCCACGCGUCCAUGGAACGAUACACUGCUUACGUGCGCGAGAAGCAGAAGAACUGCAGCGAGAGCGGGAGCGGCAGCAGGUCGGGCACGCCGGGCACGCUGUGGCCGCCGCUGCGCGUGGCGGCGGCGCCGGGCGCGGGCGCGGGUGGCGCGGGCGACCCGCGCGCGCUGUGCGUGUCGGGCGUGCUGCACGGCGCGCUGCUGGCCGUGCUGCACCGCGCCGUGCACCGCCGCGCGCCCGACGCGCCGCCGCCGCACGCGCCGCCCGACCACGUGCUCGCGCUCGCCGUCUACCUGCUGCACUGCGCCGCCGCGCUGCACGAGGACACCGAGCCGCACGGACAGUGCGAGGCGCUGGUGGCAGGCGGGCGGCGCGGCGCGUGCGGCGACGCGGUGAUAUCGGGCGUGCCGCUGCUGGGCGCGUUCGCGGGCGGGCUGUGCGCGGCGGCGUGCGCGCACGUGGCGUCGGUGCCGCGCGCGCCCGCGCCGCGCCCGCACCACGCCGACCGCCCCGCGCGCACCGCGCACGCGCACCGAUACCGACCGCCGGACCACUCCGACAGUGACACAGAAUGGGAGCCAUCCGAGCCAGACACGACGAGACUACCAUCCAUCACUAACUCUUCUACCAUCACGGCGCUUUCACUACCGAUGCCGAUGCAGGUCGUGAGAGGAGAUUCAAUUCAAGACGAUCAAUCCGACGCAGGAGGGGAUGGUCGACCAAUGCGCGCUCUAGAGAGCGGUAUGGGCGAGAGUCAAGCGCUAGUGCUCCAGUCCAUCGAUGUGGACACCGAAAUGACCCUCGCGCUGCGGGACAUGCCGCCGGUGCCGAUCGAAUACGACGACAUGAGCAUGCUGGAGGGCGCGGAGUGGAGCGUGUCGCUGCGCGCGCAGUCGCCGCGCCGCGCGCCCGCGCUGCCCGCGCCGCCGCACUCCCUCCCGCCCGACCAGCCCUCCACCAGCAACCAGAUCGCCACGGUACAAAUGCACAGCCAGACCGAGCCGGACUCCAUCCCGGUGAACGAGUCGAUAAUAUCUCUGCUGCUGAAACUGCACUCGCAACUCUCCGGCCGGCUCGACUCCUUCUCAUUGGAGGAACCGGCGCCGCCCAACGAGGAAGUUAUUGGCGAGGGCGCGGCGGCGGUGGGCGGCGUGCUGCGGCGGCUGGCGGCGCUGGACGCGCGCUGCGCAGGCGCCGUGCGCGCGCUGCGGGCGCAGCUGUGGCCGCACCAGCGCGAGCGCCAGGCCGAGCAGCGCGCCAGGGAACGUCGCGAGAAAGAGGAGCGGUCGCGGCGCGCGCGCGAGCGACAACAACAAGUCAUGCGCGAGUUCGCGCGCCGGCAGCAACAGUUCCUCUCGGCCAUGGAGGCGGAGGCGGGCGAGGCGGCCUCCAUGCAGUGGGAGGACGAGGCGCCCGAGCGGGACUACGACUGCGUCAUCUGCAACACCACCACGCCCAGUACUCCCUCGGAUCCCGUGGGACUUGUCGUUUUACUACAGUCGACAUCGGUGCUGGGGCACCGGCGGCGCGCGGACAGUGGCGGUGCUCGGCUCGCCCUCAGCGAGAACGAGCGCGCGCGCCUCCACGCGCAGGCCGACACCACCGCCGCCGCGCACCACUACCGCCUGCACGACGACCUGCACCAACACUUCGAUAAGGAGUCGUGGUUGUUGAGCGUGAACGUGGGUUGGGAGGGCGGCGUGCACGUGCAGUCGUGCGGCCAUCACCUGCACCUGCGCUGCCUGGCCGCGUACCUGCGCGCGCUGCAGGCGCCGCAGCGGCCGCACAACCUGCACGUGGACCGCGGCGAGUUCCUGUGCCCGCUGUGCCGCCAGCUCGCCAACACCGUGCUGCCGCUGGCGCCGCGGCCGCGCCCCGCCCGGCCGCCGCCCGCGCCCUCCACGCCGGACCAUCAGAACCACCACGAUCAGCGCGCCGCCGCCAUACAGGAGAUGCUCGACACGCUACAUCCAGAACCUGAGCAAAGCAAUCUAUCGGAAGCGAUGGGUAAAUCCAUGGAGGACAUGACGGCCACGGCGGGCGGCAAGUUAAAACAACGCUAUGGCUCCUCACCGGCCGGGAUCUUCACAUUCGUGGCGUCCCUCGUGCGCACCAACCUGGAGUGCGAGCUGGUGCAGCGCGGCGGCACGCUGCAGACCACCGCCGCGCCGCGCUACAAGCCGCGCAACGACUGCAUCGUGCCGCUGCUGGUGGUGGCGGGCGCACACUCGCGCGUGCUGCGGGCCGCCGGCGCCAAGCUCGGGGCCAGCGAGGCCUGGCGCCUGCUGGCCCCUGUGCCGGCCGCCGCCCUCGGCAGCAGCGCCACGCCGCUGGUGCCGGCGCCGCCCGCCAGCGCGCGCCCCGUGCCGCUGCUGCUGCGAGACCCACUGGCGCUGCUCAUGCACUUCUUGCUACUCGCACCGCCGGAUCCGCCAUAUCUCGAUAUGCAGGACUUUACGUGCAUAGUGCGUCAGUUGUACGCGCUGUGCUAUUACCAGAUCGUGUGCCAGUUCCUCGCCAACACGAGCGCGGAGGGUCGCGCGGCGCUGGCGGGCGCGGGGCGCGAGGCGGAGCCCGCGGGGCUGCGCCACGCCGCGCGCCUGCUCCUCGGCGCGCUCGCCGGCUCCGAGCUCUUCACCGAGGACGGCCCGCCCGACCACACCGCCGACCACCACCAGCCCGACAUACUGCAGAUGGAGAGGGAGCUGCAAGAGUUGUUGUUGCCGUUCGUGCGCAUAGCGGCGCUGGUGCGGCACCACCUGUACGGGUGCGAGCUGCCGGAGGUGGCGACGCCGCGGCAGGAGUUCGUGCGGCUGUGCUACUACCUGGAGCUGGUGACGGAGGGCAUGGAGUGGUCGGAGUGGUCGGCGUGGCGCGCGCUGCCGGCGGGCGCGGAGGCGGCGGCGCGGGCGUGGGCGCGGCAGCUGGACGGCGCGGCGGCGCGCGGCCAGCUCGUGGUGCGGCGCCUGCUGCGCGCGCUGCACGUGGCGUGGGCGGCGCCGCGCCUGCUGGCGCUGCCGCGCGAGUACGACCGCGUCUUCACCUACUACCACGAGCGCGUGUGUCUGCAGUGCGGCGCCGUGCCCAAGGAGGCCUCCGUGUGCCUGCUGUGCGGCACGCUCGUCUGUCUCAAGCAGCCCUGCUGCCGCCGGCAUCAGGUCGCCGAGGCCGUGCAGCAUGCGAUGGAGUGCGGCGGCGGCACGGGCAUAUUCCUGGUGGUGACGUCGACGUACAUCAUCGUGAUCCGCGGCCGCCGCGCCUGUCUCUGGGGCUCGCUCUACCUCGACGACUACGACGAGGAGGACCGCGACCUCAAACGCGGCAAGCCACUCUACCUGAGCCAGGAUCGGCUGGAGCUGCUGCAGGCGCAGUGGCUCGCGCAUCGGUUCGACCACACCAAGCGCACCUGGGUGUGGCAUCGAGACUCGCUCUGAACACCGCCAGGGGACUCGCUUACACACUGUACAUAACUAGAGAUGGAGGUACUGCGUAGACAUCCACUCAGGGUAUGGCCUCAAUUCGAUGGCAGGGGCCUUCAGGAAUCGAUAAAUUGUGAAAUUGAAUUUUGGACCUGAUUUCCUAUUUCGGAUUCCUAAAUAUUCACAACACCUAUUUUACAAUAUAGCGCAUUCUUAUUUAUUAAGAUUGUGUCAUAAUACUGCCAAACAGAAUUGAGGCUUGGAUCAAAUGAGGCUGCCUCGCGAGGCGAACGCUCGGUACAUACUGACUCAUACGUUUACCCCAUAAGGUAGCUUUAUUUGGUUUACACAUACUCUAUGAGAACAUAAUUAGACAGAUACUAUCAUUCAGAUUUUCAUAGACUUAAAGAAUCCGGCGUUUUCUACAUCAGUCGAGAACGCCCAACAUUCUUUCAACUAUUGCCUUAUAUUACCUAAAAAACGAUGUAACUCCCAAGCAAUAACUACUUUAUAAUCAUAACUUCAUAAGACAAUAUUAAAUUAAUAGCUAAAUGCUGCGUGAAAAUUAUGGUUCUAUCACUUGCUAUUCGGUGUAAUAUCGACAAUUGUAUUGUAAAUUAUUUUGCCUAAAACUGGCAUGAAGUGAUUAAAAAUUGAUCUGGCAACAUCCGAAACAAGGUAUUCGUGUUUUGGCUACGUGCGGAAAUAAUAGUGCUUAACUUUUGAAAUGUAUCGAUAGUUUAAUUUUAGGUAUGCAGCCGACACCGCUUGGUUAUGUUGUUAUGAAAAAUAUUGUAUUUUUAUAUUUUCUGUAACCUAAAGUAUAUUGACAACAGUUUGUGACUGUAAUUGUUUUUCGAUAUUUUUUGCCAAAUUGUUCUCAUGGUAUUAGAAGUUGAAAACUGUAUUGUGUUACUUUGCACAGUCUGUCGUUAUUACAUUGGCGUCUCGGCAAUUUUUGGACACGAAAUUUUCAGUCUUCGCAAUUUAUUUAAUUCGCCAUACUUUGAGGCAUAUGUUUAAUGAACUUCAUUCGGUCGUUAUACGCGAACAAAUUAACAGUAUGUUUGUUUAUAUUUACCUUUAUACUGUUGCACUAUUGGUCAUUAGUGCUGUGGUAUGUACGGUAACAAGAUUGUCGAAGCGUCAAGUUAUUGUCGAUAGUCCGCGUAACGUUUGUAAAUAUGUUGUGGAUCGUCAAUCGGGCGGGUGCGCUGUGGUGUCGCUAGGGCUGUGAAUUUAUUAUAUUUCUAUGUUCUAUGUUGCGCGGUUGACAGAUACCGCGUGCUCUUUAAAUUAUUAAGUACAGUAUUUUUCAAUAUAACUUGCGAAUAAUGAAAGCAAGCGAUCUGAUAUUUGACAAUUUUAAGGUAUAACAUGAAGAUCUAAAUGUUCUAAAACCGUAGUUGAUGUUUGUUGACAUUGCAAGUUUUAUUGAAAAAUAAUCUAUACAAUUUUAUUUUAUAACAUUGACUGUAGUAUUCUAGCUUUGUAACAAUAAUUUCUUUUUUUUUUUGUUCGCCUUUUGGUUUUUUUUUAUAAAUCUAAUGUGUAGAUUUCGCGUUUUAGUUCUAAUAAUUAUCAUUAGUAAAUGAAUCAAAAAAUUACAGCGAUAGAAAUCUUAAGACUGUAUCGAUAUCUUAUAAUCAAUCAAUUGGUUUAAUUAUUUUUAGUAAAUUCAUUUUGUGAUGAGUGUUUUUUUUUCUUUUUAUUUAGUGAUAUACCAGCAACACUUCAUAAUAAGACAAUAACAUAUAUUUUGCUUAAAUUCGUGUAUCGAUGAAAAUAUCAUUUGGUGCGUAAGUUUAUCAUUUAUCGUGUGCAAUUGUCGGGCCUUGCAUCAUUUUUUGUACAUUUUAUAAUAUCGAAAAGUACACUUCUCACCUGAUGUAUUUAGUGUGAAACUAGUUUUGAUUAGUUUUUAUUGGAUCGCUUCGUAGUUUUAGUUCGACAUUAAACACAACGAAUUCGAUAUACAGUGGUACGUGUGCAAAAAAAUGUUAUCGAUAUAAUAGGGUCAAUACAAAUUCAUAUUUACAGUUUAAAUUAGAUAUCACUCAUAUUUUUUCCCUCGUAUAUAUUAAAAUUACUCAUAAAAUUAUGCUAGAAGAUAUCGAUAAAAUUACGAGAAUAGCGAAUAAAGUAUCCCCAAUAGCUUGUAACGUAUAGAUAAAAAGAAAUGAUUUGUUUAAUCGAUUUAUUUGUAACAGCACUAGAUGUUUGCUUUUUGAAUUGAAACAGAUGCCUUCUCGUACUGGCACCGCAGUGAGUGAGCUUAGUUAGGGAAGAAUAUAUUUAUAGAAUUUAAUAAUUUUAUAUAUUUUCUUCAAUAUGUAUAGCAAAAUAUAUCACUAUGUUAGGAAUCAUAGAGAAAUAUAUUAUUAGCAAAAUGCUUAGGGCUUGCCUUCAGCUGUUGCCAACGUGCCUCUAACAAAUUAAAAUAGUCCAGUAACUAGUGAUUAAUAUCAUUAAUUAUAGUUGUUUAGACAGAUAUAAAUUGCUUGAACUGCAAUAAGUGAAAUGCCAGUGCAUCGUCAGUACGGAGGGACAUCUCGAGUAUUUAUACUGGGCCGAGCCGCGAGCCGACGGCGCGGUGUCGACAAAUUAUUGUUAAACACUUGUAUCUAUAUUGUUCUUGUAUAUAUUCAAUCAUUAAAGUUGUUGAUAUUUCCAA